AUGGAGAGAACUCAAAAAUCAGAGCCUAUUGAUUCUGCUCAUCAAUCUCGUGAUGUUAUUGAACAAUCAUCAACAAAUCAACAAGGACAUUUAGAACGUUUAUUUAAAAGAAGAUCAACGGCAUUAAAACAAUUGAAUGAAAAUUCGAAGUAUAAUAAUGCUUAUAUUUCUGAUCUUAUCAAUGUUCAAAGUUUGCUCGAUAUUCGAGAAAUGCAAUCUCGACAACGUAAAUUACAUAAUGUUUCGUCAUUUGAAGAUCGUAUUGUAAUAAAUGUAUGUGGUGAUCGUUAUGAAACUCAUCGUAGAACGCUUGAUCUUUAUCCAAAUACAUUACUUGGAAAUCGUAAACGAUGUAAAUUUUAUUAUGAUAAAAGACGUAAUGAAUACUUUUUUGAUCGGAGCAGAUCAUGUUUUGAAGCAAUACUUUAUUAUUAUCAAUCACAUGGUCGAUUACGACGACCAGAUUAUGUGCCAAUCGAUACAUUUCUUGAAGAAGUUAGUUUUUUUCAAUUAGGUCAAGACGCUCUUAACCAAAUACGAAAAGAUGAAAAUAUUAAAGAAGUUAAAAAAAUAUGUUUGCCAAAAAAUCGUUUUCGAAGACAUUUAUGGUCAACUAUGGAAUAUCCUGAAUAUUCAAUUUUGGCUAAAAUUAUCAAUAUUAUAUCAUUACUUAUGAUUCUUAUUUCAGCUAUUGCUCUUGCUGUUAAAUCACUACCGCAAUAUAAAAAUAUUGAUCAAUUGGUUUGUUAUAAUUCAACAAUUAAUGAUUUAAAUAAUACAAAUGAAACAAAACAAGUAUCGAAUAAUAAUGAAAUUAUUUGUAAUAAUUAUUUUACAUCACCAUUUUUUAUUAUUCAAAGUGUAUGUGUUACAUUUUUUACAUUAGAACUUAUUCUUCGCAUAAUAAGUACACCAUCAUUUUUUAAUUUUAUAAAAAAUAUAAUGAAUUGGAUUGAUAUCGCAGCUGUUGUACCACAUUAUGUAACAAUUGGUAUUUAUUUAGCUGAUCGAAAUGAUACAAUAAAUAAAACAACAUCUGCUGGUUUUCGUCUUCUACGCAUUCUUCGUUUUCUACGUGUUCUUAAAUUUUAUCGUGUAUGUAAAAAUGUAAAAUCUAUACGUGCACUUGAAGCAACAAUUCGAGAAUCAUUACCUCAGUUUUUUCUUAUGAUUAUUAUUUUAACAUUAUUUGGUUUCCUUUUUGGUGCUGCUGCUUAUUUUGCUGAAAAUAAUGUAAAUAGUGAAGCAUUUGAUUCAAUAAUUAAAGCAACUUAUUGGGGUAUUAUUUCAAUUACAGGUGUAGGAUAUGGUGAUAUAACACCUAUUACACCAAUCGGACGGAUAAUAGCAGCUUUAUGUGGAUUAUGUGGUGCAGCAAUAAUUGGCAUGCUUGUAUCAAUUCUAGUUGACCAAUAUCAACGUGUUUUUGCUCGAAAAUUAUAUAUAAAUGAAGAUAUAAUUGAUUUUCAUGAGUUUUCUGAUGAUGAAAAUAAUGAUACAGAUUCUAGACGUAGUUCAGGUCAAUCUCAUCGACGUUGCAAUAUGAAAGAAACUGAAUGUUCCGAUCUAAGAACUAAAUUUAAUUCAGUAUUUGAAAAAGAUAAUAACCAUACAAUACCUACAAUCAAUAUUUCAUUAACACCGGAUAUAGAAAUCAUCAAUGAAGAUCCAAGAAAUCAAUAUAGUAGUGGUGUUCAUUUUAUUAUUGGUUAUGUUGAUAAUGAAAAAGAGGAAAAGUCACGUGAUCUGUUAGAAACAAUAAGUUCUUUUGUUACUCAAAAACAAAUUGCUGGUGAUAAUAUAAGAUUAAGUAUCGUAUCUGACGAAAGUUUAGAUGAUAACAGUGAUAAAAAUAUUGAUGAUGAUGAUGAAUUAACUGAAAUUGUUACUGGUUGUGAAAAGAGAGGAAAUGUACUAAAGAAAUUUCAAUGUUCACCAUCACCAAAAAAUAAAAAUCAAUUUGAUGGUGCUGAAAAAUAUUAA